AUGGCCACCUACUGCACCUACGAGUCCACCUUCAUUGCUGUGAAGGACGCGGCGCCCCCUCGCCGUGUCUCGCUCUCUGCACCACCAAGUGGCGACCGUCCACAGGUGGGGGAGACCCGAGCAGCCAGGAACUAUGUCAAGAACCUGGAGCACCGUGCCGAACAACUUCAUGCAGAACGACCGCCAACCCCGGAUGGUGCUCAGGAGAUCCAGGCAGAGGAGCCUGCCCCGGUUCUGGCCAUCAAGCAAGAGGAGCAGCCAAGCACAGUAAAGGCAGACGCUGCGACUCUUCCUUCCAAGGGAAGUUAUGGCCACCCGGAGCUUUGCAGGAAGCCAUGCCUGUUUCUACGCUAUGGGAAUUGCCCGAACGGCGUUCUCUGUGAAUAUUGCCACGUACCACACUCCAGCCGCGCAGUGAAGCUAGAUAAGCGUCAGCGAGACUCUUUGAAGGAACUGAGCGAAUCGGCACUACUCGGUUUGCUGCUACCGCACCUCAACGCCCGCGUUUCAACAUUGAACCUGCCCCAAGGCGCGGCAGACACGGUAGGCUUGAUGGAGCAGCAUUUGGCAUCCUUGCCACAUGAGGCUGAGGGCCAUAGCAUGGCGGCCUGGAAGCUAAAUCAGCUGAACCGGCUCCUGAAACAGAUGAGCUUCAUGCGCUUGAUUCGUCUGGCACCCUGCAGCGAUGAGGGUGAAAUCAAAGAGGCGCUAAUCCGCCUGCAAGCCGGCAAGGCCAGUACUCAGGGAGAGGAUUAA